AUGUCUUAUGUUGCCCUCCCAUCUUUCCAAAAAACUUUUGGUGAAAUCACAUUCCUCAAUCCUAUCAACCAUACACAUAUUGAACAAAAUAAUAAUAAUACUUAUAAUUAUAUGGAAACAUAUAAUAAUAUCAAUUGUAAUAAGAAUAAUAUAAAUAGUGAUAUUAAAAACAUACCUUCUUUAAAACCCUUUGGUGAUAAUAAAAAAACUCCAUGCGGAUACCAUAGUUGCAUUCUAUGUGAAAUGGGCACUCCUUUCAUUUUGUUAAAAAAGUCAACCUGGGAAAACAAGCUCUUAGCUUCUUUCUAUUGUAUCAACCUUCAAAAAGGAAGAUCUCCUAAUAGUUGGGUAAGCCUUAAAAGAGAAUUGUAUCCAUUUAUUCUUUUCCAUUAUAAACAACUUUUAAUUAAUAUUUCAAAUUUGAGAUGGAAAAAGCUAUUACAAGAUAUAUUGAACCACAAGAAAACAGUAUUUGAAUCGGGCAUUAAGCACUUUAGAGGAGCUACUGGCAACUGGAGAAUUAAAUAUAUUGUUAAUCCAUGGAUGAUGCGUACUACUUUAAAAAAAGAAAUUUUAAUUAAAGAGAGACUCUUGAAAAAUAAUACUAAAAUGAAAAGAGCAUUAAAAGAACUAGAAGAAUCCAAAACACCAACCAAUUUAGGGAGUUUAAACACAAAUGCUUCUACUAAUGCUAGCUCCUCUACAACCUCAACAUCAACCCCAACCUCAACACCAACAUCAACCUCAACACCAACCUCUAUAUCUUACUUAAAUACUAUUAAUAAUAAUAAUUAUAAUACUAAUAACAAUAAUAACAACAAUAGUAGUAGUAGCAAUGUUAAUAGUGGUGGUAAUAGCAAUAAUAAUAAUAAUAACAACAAUAAUAAUAAUCAACCAUCUGCCCCAAGGUGCUAUCUCGGUGAGAACUGUUCAUUAUGCAAUUUAGGUACUCCGAGAGUUUUUAGAAAUAAAAAAACUUGGAAAAUAAUAUUAGUUAUAACUUUUUAUUCAAUCAAGCACCUUAGAGAAGGUGAUGGCCUAAAGAAUCCAAUAUUAAAUUGCCUAACCCAUAAUAGUAUAUUUGUAAACGGUGCAAAGCUAAUGAAUCUUUAUAAAUUUUGGAAAAUGGUAGAAUUAGUUGAUCCAUGGAACGAUAAAUUAAUGGAAGAAUUUUUAGAAAAAGAAAAACAAAAAGAUAAGGAAAAGUUAAAGAAGAAGAGAUUCAACCCAGAAGAUGAUGAUGAAGGUUCAGAUUCUUUUGAUAAAAAAAAUGCUAUCAAUAACUAUCCAAAACUCCUUAAUUAA